UAAUCAUUAUUUUAACCAAUCGCUGAAGACUUCUUAAGUAUAAUUUAAACAAGGAACAUGGAAGACAUAAAUUCAAUCCUUUCUUGUUAGUAUAUAAUAAUGAUAGAAUAUGAAAAAAGGUAUUAAUUGUUCGUGUAGAAAAUAUUUCGAACAAAACUUCCCGCCUUAUAUUUAAAAAUUUCAAAGUUGAGGAGUCAUUUUGGAUUAUCGAUUGCGUGUCGAUAUCGUAAAUAAAUCGCAAUUCACGCUGUAAAUACAUAUCUGCCAAACUUGCAUUUUUGCAAAAAUUGUGCAACCAGAGUGUUAUUUUAUCUUUAAAAGAAUGCAGAUAAAUGAAGUACAAAGUUUCAACAAGUAUAUCAAUAAUCAAUGAAAGCUUUAAAUGUGUUGUCCGUUGAACACUAGUGUAUCACAAGUUUUUAACCUCUACGGAACGUAAAUAAUUCCUGGAGAAAAUUUUCGAAGAUAGUGAAUUCCAUAUAAUUUGCUAGAAAUUACUAUUUUUAAACUAAAGUUGUUAAUUAUUAUUGGCAACGUAAAUAAUUAUUAUAUUUUGGAGGUUAACUUCCUUUGUAAGAGGUUGGAUCGGAAUAUGGAAACAGCAUCUUGAGAUCAUAAUUUUUAACUUUGUUCGCAACAAAUAAUUGGAAAGGAACAUUGAUAACAAAAAAUAUUGAUUUUUGUAUGAUCCCUACUAUUACGGAAACAAUGGUAUCAGAGGCUUUUUUUGGAACUGGUGGCAUACUUCAUGGUAUUAUAAUGUUCAUGCUGAGAUUUACCUGGCAGUCAAGAUAUCGUUUACCAAUACCAAGAAGAAGGCAGGGAAGUGUUCGAAGCUUCCGCCCUGACUGCUUCUGAAUUCUCACACAAAACGUGAAGAUGUAGAAAAUCGCUACCUUAUAUUAUAAUAUCUUUACCAACAAAAUAAGUAUCUUCCAUACUACAAUUUUGUACCAAACAAGAUCUACAAUCCACUAUUCGUUCUUCUUAUUUCUUUCCAUUCUAUCGAAUAUCAAUUAAACACCCACGAGUCGUUCUCGAAGUCGAUUUCAUUCAGAAGUUCGUCCUUCGAGAUUCGACGCUUCGAUCUUUAUGAAGAAAAGUGGCCGGAUUUCCGCUGAACGUGAUGAAGAGGGGUGGUUUAAUCUUAAUUUCUCUAAAGUCGCGUGGACGUAUAGGGUGCAUGGUGGGAUUGUCACUAUAAAAUCCUGGAAAAAUCGAGACACAGCUUCUUCAGUAUUGUAAGCUACAUGGAAACACUUGGAAGGUUCGCUAGUAUUUGGGCGGUUCUGUUUUUCUGCGGCGUCCCGUUUUGCAGCUAUGGAAACUUUCCUUCUAAGGAUUUUGGAGAAAAAUUGGACGUUCUGUCUAAGAUAGUUAAUUAUAUUCGUCAAAGGCCUCGUCAAAUGAAUGCCGAUGUUACGUUAUCUCUAACGAUCGUCGAAGGUAAAGAUUUGAAAUCUACGAGUUUAACGAGUACUGAAACCUUAAACAAAAUGUCUCUGUUAUUCUUUCGUACAGCUAACGCGAUUGCUAUCUUUUUGCAUGAAAAUGCGCGACAUCUUGUGGAUAAACAUCGAAACAUUCUUCUGACGAUUUUAAGAUUGUGCGAUUCUACUCGACGAGAUUUGUUAAAUGAAGUCAUUCCAGAGAACGAGGACGUCCAGUUACUGCACGAAAGCAUAAAUUAUCCAAUUUUGUGGCUGAAAGAAAUAUCAUGGCGCCGUGGCGCUCUAAAAAAGGGGAAGACCAAUUUUAAAUUAAAUUAUCGGGACAUACGAGAACUGAUAAUGCAAGGACCGCCCAAGGAGGAAGAAAGCGAUCGAUGUCUCGCCGAAAUUGUUCGGAACAAAUUGAAUUCCAGCGAUAGAAUUCCUGACUUGUGCGCGGAGAUAUUGGCAAAUCGAGAAUCUAGCAGAGGAUACCCCCUUACUCAUAGAUUGUUGAUUGUUCAAAUUGCUAAGAUAUUGAAAUGCGAUCGAGGUCUUGCAUCUUCGGAAUUAAUACUAUCUUACUGUUCCGCGAUCUUCGAAGAUCUGAUCGAUAUCGAAACAGCUGGAUUUCCUUAUCAAACGCCAGAUUUAACGAUGGAACAAGUUGUUCUAUGCGGCAUGGAGGGAUUCCUGGAAUUCACUGGCAAGCACUAUGAACGAUUAGUACUGCAUUGGUCUCGUCCCAGCGGCUGUUUAAGUUCAUUUGGAUAUAAAUUCGCCAGUAACGAGAUACGCGUGUCGCGAAGAACCUCUAAGCAAACGGACUUUGGUUGCGACAGCCACGCUACUGGUCUAGCCGCUGCUACGCUUUCUUUAUUUAUUCGCGAGAAUCUGGAGAACGCUCGCUGGUAAACGCUCGAAUCGCCCGACGAAUGAUCGCCUGCAUAACACGUACGCGGACACGGCGCAUCGAUAUAGGCGUAACGAACCAGAGAAGAAUCUGGAAACGAUGGAGAGGAAGAUAACGAGAUAAGGAAGAGGAAGAACAAGUUACAAACAAAGAAUAAUUUAUUUCUCAUAGUCCGUAACAAUAGUUACAAAUGAUAGUAUCUCUACAUACGAUAGAAAGACGAGUAGAAUAGAGUAAAAGUGGGAGCAGGGGAAAUAAAUAGUCAGUCGUUAACCUUGCGUAGGAGAGACUGGUUCUCGCGGUGUGGUAACGCGUAUAUUUUUGCAUAUGCUUAACAUUUUCUUCAUCCUUGAAAAUGGAAUCUAUUCUCGUCCACAGCGGGGAUCAGCCUCGCCUUUUUGAUAUCGCGUUCUGGCAAGCCGGCAGUGUCGGUUUCCUAGCAGAAAACGUGUCCCUCCCUCGCAAUUUCUCUUGAAACCCGCGAGCUUGCACCCUCGAACGAUGUUUGCUUUUCUCUUCAAUAUUCUACAUAUUCGAUCGUAUUAGUCGAUUUUUCAUGGGCUAUAUAGGUCGUUGAAGCGAAUUUUUCAUUAGAUUUUGAGACACAGUUCCAACGAAACUUCAAAAAGUUUCAUAUAACACACGUGAUAUAAUUUUCUGUGAUAAGUAUCAAAAUACUUUCACGUGCCAUUAUAAAUAUACGAUGCACCGAGAAUUUUAAUAUUUUACGUAAAAAUAAUUUUAUUUUAUAAAAAGUAAAAUCUCGGAGUACUUUCUAAGCAAAUUUUUUUUUAUUGCUUUCUUGCUUUUAUUUAAAAGAAAAAAAAAUAAAGAUACGAACAAUAUAGGUAAAGCAUAUAGCCCGUAAAUACAGCGAACCAUCUUGAGAACUUCCAAUUUCCUACGCAGAAAAUUAUUAUCGUUCGAGGGAACAUCUCGGUAUCAUAAAUAUAUUUCUAAUCUACUGUCGACGAUUAGUUUUGGUUUAUAAACACGAUUGCGUGGUUUUCGAUAAAUUCUCUAUCGACAAAAAGGCGGUGCCUCGUGCUUUGGUGCGAUUACGCUAAUUGAACUUUAAGUAACUCCUUCCGAAGCAAUCAGACCGUUCUUUCCUGCGAUCGAAAUCAAUUUCUCGUUUGAAAGAAAGAACCGUACAAUUUUUUCGCGAAAAGGAGACUUCUCGCUGUUUUUUUUUUUCUUUUUUUUU